AGAGAGAGACCUUUCUUUUUAAUCUAACCUAACUUCUAACCUCCAACUUACUGACGUAUGUCGAGUAUUUAUUUGCAUAUAUUAUAAGAUCGAAGAAAUUACAAUUAUUAGAUUGAAGAAAAUUUUAUUAAAAUAUUUUUCUCGAAUAUAUACUUUAAUUUGUUACAAUGAGUUUACCUAGAAUAUUGAUUGCUAGCACGAAAGAAGGAAAAGCAAAAGAAAUCGCAGAGAACAUAGGUGCAGUACAUUUAUCAGAGCAAGAUGAUACUGUGGAUUAUUUGUGGAACAUAGAUAACAAAUAUUACACAUCACAGGUUUUGGUGUGUACCACAGAAAAGCUGUCCAUCAAACUUUCAAUGGAAGGAGUGGUUGCAUUUAUUGUAUACCAUGACCCACAGACAGACAAAGUUGAUCAAGAACUGGAACACUUGGCAUUAUUGACCACUCAGUCAAGUUCAGCUGAAGUACUUUUAUUUUCCUGCAGUGCAAUAUCCGACACACUUUUAAGGGAUAAGGUAUUGAAUUGGUGUGUGCAAAACAAAUUCGAGCUAGUCGAAUUAGACCAAACAGGAGAUUCAGAAUCUGAUAUAGAAGGCAACAAAUAUGGUAUCGAAAGGAUUGUAGAAGCUCUACACGCUCAUACAUGGUCUAAUAUCGUACUGAAAGAUAAGCCAUGUAUGGAGGAAACACUAGAAGUAAAUGAAAUUAGAGAAUUAUUUGAAAACAUCCGGUUAACUUGCGAUCCAUCCGAGACACUACGUAUGCAAGAUAUGCUCGAUGGUAUCAUGGGUGAGCAUGCAGACUUUGGAGAGUUGUUUAGCCAAUUGAUGGCCAUGAAGGAACAUGCUGCAUCUUUACCGACUAACGAGAAACGCAGAGUAGCUGAACAAAUAGUGACUGCAUUUUGGAGGGCCAUAGGCGGGGAUCUUCUGGAAAUUGAGGAAACACCUAACUAGAUAUCACUCCUUGUUUCCAAAGGAAUUUGAAACUAACUAGCUCAGGACUAGUAAGAUACAAUUCGCGACGACUGUUGAACACGAAAAAAAAUAACUUGACAACGUGUACAGGAAUGCACCACAGCAAAUAGUGUUAUACAGCGAAAAAGUUACAUGUAAUUUAAGUGUAUAGUGUCUCUUGUGUGAGCAUGCAGAUGGAAAGAUUAAUUAGCAUUAUGAAAUUGUACAUCCGUACGAUAAGUAAAAUAUACUUGAGAAUAAUUUAAUA